UUUUAGGCCCUUUUCGGAAGUACUCACUGAAUAUAAUGUCUAUGCAUAAGAGGUUAUCAAAACGAAAUGCUUAUCAGCUACUCCUCAUGCAUAAUUCUCUGUUAUCUAUGGCUAAAGUUGGUACUUCUGGAAAUCGAAAAUCAGAAUAUGGCGAUAAAUUAGAUGGUCGUAAUGAAAGCCUACCUCAGGAUAUCCCUUGCAGCGAAGAGGAAUGCCAACAGUCGGAAGGGAAGUUUGAAGUAGCAAAAACUGAUUAUUAUGACAAAUUGGUAGUAAAUGUGGAAGCACUGAUGUCGAAGCAGCUUUGUCAAACACGUGAAGUCAAUGUUGAUAGCAGUGAGACCAUAAAUAUGAAGCUGAAUAGUACCAGAGCUGGCGAAACUUCCGUUAGAUCUUUGAGAAGAUCGCCAAGAAGAAGUUACAUUAGUACGUCAGCACAGAAUGAAGAAAAAAGCGAGCAAAAUGUGAAAGAAUUGACGAGUCAUCAAAAAUUCUUGAAACUUUGCAACAUCAAAAACCAUAGAUAUUUUCUGGUGUCUGACGAGUCGAAAAUGCCAGUCGUUGCGUUUUCUCACCUGCCAUACAACCGAGAACAAUUGACACCUAGUUAUAGUCAAAGUGAAGACUGUGAUCGAUUAGGAGUUGUUUCGUUUUUUCAUGGCAGAAUCAAGCCAAUCAACUAUAAGCACAUGCAGGAACUCAGUUUUCGUGAUUUGAUUUCAACAAAUGUGGGCAGUACUUCAUAUUUAUCAAAGGACAGUUCACCAUUUCGUAAGCAUUUCAAUGGUGAUGACAAGAGCUCGAUUGUAAUAUAUCCAAGCAUUUCUACUCGAUGGCAUAUAUUGUCUUGCGACAAAAUUAUAGGCAGAACAGAGGAGGAGUCAUUAUUACUGCAUUCAACAAUAUGUGAUUCUAGCGGUAAAAAUUCAACCGAAUAUGAUCCAAAUCUUAUAGCAAAUUUUGAUUCCGACUGCCGCAUUCGCAAAACUGUGAUGAAAUUCUAUGGAUAUGUAAGUACAGUAAUGCAUUACCAGCCAGAUAGUGAAGUUAAACGUUUAGUAAACGAAGCAUUUCGAUCACGUUUCCCUCAUGUUCACGUCUCCUUUAGCAAAAUUAACAGUAUUAAACGAGAGCUUCACCAAAUAGCUGUUGCAUGUAAUUUAGAAGAUACUACUACGGCACACGCCUACGUUUUCUAUGAGAAAGUACUCCUGAAGGGCUUAGUGUGUAAAAUGAAUCGAAAACUGGUGGCUGGAGCAGCUCUUCUAAUUGCAGCAAAAAUCACCGAUUUUGGAUCAACGUAUAUUUCUGAUGUUGUAAACCAUUUGGAAUCAACAUUACGGGUUAAUCGCAAAGAGCUCUUACGAUAUGAGAUACCACUUUGUGCAGCACUUAGUUUCAAUUUGAGGGUACCUGUUUGGCAGCUUUUACCGCAUUACCAGAGGAUCGCUUUAACAAUAUUAUAAUUGGAGAAUGUUUGCAGUUUUUGUAUGUAACUGUUCAAAUAAAUUUUUGCUUCUCUGACAAGUUAUAGUUUGAGACAAAAUUUGGUGAGAUAAAAUUCUAAUAAAUUCAUUCAAAUUACCUCACCAGUAAUCUUUACUACCAGAAUUGAACAAAUUGCGACAAACUCCCGUACGACACACUCAGUCACACCAUGAAAUCGCAUACUUCCAGCCAAUCAAAUCCAUGAGGAUCUAAUCCAAUCCAUCAGGAUCAUAUGUCAGCUAGUUCAUCGCUCUUCUGCUAACUGUUUUCCCAUAAAAGUUCCAGGUUCUUUAAGUUUAUUUUAGGAUCCGAAUGAAAAGAACUAAUUUGUAUCGAGAACAUAUCUUUACGGGCUUCAAGCAAAUUCAAAAGGCAAUAUUAAAACCUCCAAAAACCUUGUAACC